GCACAUGCAUUCUGUAAUUAACGCAUAAUUAAUUAGGAACUUGCGGAUCGAAUUGUUUCUCAUCGGCAACAGAUGUCGGCGCGAUCGUUUGUUAUUCCGUCGCCAUUUUACAAACAAGAAAAAAUUACUACGGACAGUAGUUCCGUGUGUGCCGUUGUGUUAGUUAGUUCAGUUUUUUGAGUGGUUGUUUGUUGGGUACACAAUUUUAAAAUGGCAUUCAACGGGGAUGGAUCACACAAACGUCCGAGAAUAGAGGGCGAACAGGGAAGCGUUAGGACACAUUCAGUUGGAUAUGGCGGCGGUGGCGGCGGCGGCGGCGAAGAACCUCGGAGAAAGAGACCGGACGAUUCUAAACCGAAUCAUGUCCUCUUAUUCACGAUAAUUAAUCCAAUGUACCCCAUAACCGUGGAGGUUCUUCACACAAUCUGCCAGCCUAGCGGGAACGUCCUUAGAAUAGUCAUCUUCAAGAAGAACGGGGUACAGGCGAUGGUAGAGUUCGACAAUGUCGAAGCGGCCGUAAGAGCCAAGGACACGCUGCACGGUGCCGAUAUUUACUCAGGAUGCUGCACCUUAAAAAUAGAUUUCGCAAAGCCUGAAAAAUUAAACGUGCACAAGAACGACUCCGAGAGCUGGGAUUACACUAUAUCAAUGGCAAAGGAGAACGUGAACGGUCGACCGCAGCCACUCUUACAAGAACCUCAUUACGGUUCCAGGCCGCAGCCGUACAAUGCUGAAGCAAUCAGAAGCGGAAUUGGACCAGAAGUAAGACCGAAUGCUUAUUCGCACGAGCCGCAGCGUUACGAGGAGAUGCAAGGUUACGGCGAGUCCUUCGGACCGGAUAAUUACAGAAAGGGCGCACCGCCGCCGAUCGCGGAGUAUCGAGAACAACGAAACACCACCUUUCAACAACCCGGAUCCGUGUUGAUGGUUUACGGGUUGGACCCGUUACGUACAAACGCCGAUAAGCUCUUCAACCUCAUGUGUCUCUACGGAAAUGUAGCACGGAUAAAGUUUCUAAAGUCGAAGGAAGGAACGGCCAUGGUGCAACUGGGCGAUGGUGUCGCCGUCGAAAGAUGCGUUCAAAAUUUGAACAACGUCAUUGUGGGCUUAACAGGCGCCGCCCCCAUUCUAAAGGAGGAGGAGAACCGAAACAACAACUGCGCAGAGCACAAACUCCAAUUGGCGUUUAGCAAGCAACCCUUCCUCAGCGAGGUCACCAACCCUUACCCCCUACCCGACAAAUCCCCCUCCUACAAAGAGUACAUAACCAACAAAAACAACCGGUUUAUGAACCCCACGAUGGCGAGUAAAAAUCGCAUCCAGCCGCCGAGCAAGAUUUUGCACUUUUUUAACACUCCCCCGCAAGUGACGGAAAACGAAUUAAUACAAGUGUUCAAAGACUACGAUGUGAUCCCUCCUAAAGCUGUUAAAUUAUUCCCAAUGAAAUCCGAGCGUUCUAGUUCCGGAUUAUUAGAGUUCGAUAACACCAGCGAGGCGGUGGCGGCCGUUAUGGCUUGCAAUCAUGCCGCCAUUGACAGUCCAGGUACCAAGUUUCCCUUCAUAAUGAAGCUCUGUUUCUCCUCAUCGCGCACCAUGUCAAUACGUAACGGCGACAGUAAUUCGUCGACUAACGGAUCGGGCGAACGGCGUAUGGAUCAAGACCAGGAAUAAGAACGUUUUUAAGUUUCUCCCACCCUUCAGAGACCAAUACAUAUCCUAAAACUAAAAUUGGUACGCGACAAAUAUUCGUAUGUGCGUUGGUUUAUUCGUAAUCCAU